AAAGAUUCGAAAGCUAGUUAUACCAUAAACAUGGAUAUGCGCACAUUAUAAACAUAUGACGUUUUAUGUUUCUAUAAUUAUUUUAGAUGAAUUUUUAGGUUUCUCAAUUAAAUCAAAAGCUCACCAAAACCAUUAUCAACCUAUGUGCAGAAGAUAGGAAUUAAUCGAGGGUUGCUAGUCAUGUAAUCACUACUACUACUUCCGAUUCUCAAUCUCAGUCUUGAUGUCGUCCUACUCCUUGGACUGCUCCAAACAGUAUGCCCUCCCCAUGUAAACUCAUCCACUUCGUCCCUGCCAAAGUAACAAUUUAUGCGAGCCCUGCACCGAUCUUGGAAAGACAUUUUUGUUGCAGUCACUACUUUUUCUUUUUUGCUUUUUUCUUGCUUGCUAUUUGCCUUGGUUCUCCUGCUCCGUUUUUUUUCUUGUCUUCCUCCUCCAAAAUUGCAAGGGAUAUUGAGUUGCAGAAGAUGAAAUUUAGGAUCUCGGGUUUGAGAAAAAAGGAGGAAAAAAACCAGAAAAAAAAAGAAAAGAAAAGGAUUUUCACGUUAUUUUUAACUUUUAUUAAGGGUAGAAUAGAUACAUCAGGGCAAAACAAAAAAGAUUAAGAAUGGGAAGGUAGUUUUCGUCAAUGGCUUUCAAAUUUGGGUAUUGGGCCGAAUUCCCCUUGUAUUUUUCUAUGAUGGGAUUGGUAUACAAUCUUUCUCGAAGCCUCUUAUGCGCUUGCAAGCCAUUUGGAUAUCAUGGUCGUUUAAAGAUCAAGUCUUGCAGGAACAGCGUCGGCGAGAGCAGACCAAUCACAUCCCAAAUCCAAACAAAGAAGAGAUGCUUGAGAUGCUCCACUCUUUACUCCGACCAAGACAAUUCUCCAACCGCUUGCUCCUUCCACGGCCACACCACUGGAGAGAAGGGAUUAUUUUCAUUGGCUCCACCACACCAAGGGAUUGAUGGAGAGUGGAGUGAUGGGUCUGGAGUAAUCGUUUACAGAUGGAAUGAGAAGAACAACAGGCCAAACACUGGAAGUUCCAAUUGGAAGAAAAGAUGGAGUUGCUGUGCUGAGUACGAUGAGAAUGCCCCACCUUGUCGACGAGGAUGGCAUGUUUCUUAUGAUGAUGGAUCCACUUUAUAUUGAGCUCUAAUUAAUAAUACCAUGCCAUCUGAGCAACAUAAGAACAUGUUGGAUAAAAUUGUACACUGAAAAUCUGGUUUGGAACGCAAUGAAUUGUGUACAGAGGUCAAAGGAUUCCCAUUUGCUUGGAUGACCAUAAUAAUCUGAUGUGGGUUUCCUAGUAGAUGUCAGUAUCUUUGAUACCAAUAUUUAUAUAAUAUUGCCAUUUGCAUGGUUGAGCAAAUCAUAUGAUGUGGGUUUCCUAGUAGAUGUUAGUAUCUUUGAUACCAAUAUUUAUAUAAUACACGCUCUGUUCUUUGUUUAUGCUUCAGUUUAUUACUAGCCUCAUGUAAAUUUUGGUUGAAGAUUUGCAUGUAUAAUCUUCUCUCUUUGGGCAUUA